CUUUGCGGUGGUGUUUUUGUGGCGGUGCCCCGGCAGGCUGCUGGCUGCUGCUGGGGAUGCUGCGGCGCGCGGCGCGAGCUGAGCCGCUGCCAGGAAGUUUGUAACGCGGAGCGAGAGGCUCAGGUGCCUCCCAAUGCGUUCCUGCCAGGGGCCGGCCAGCUCGGAACUGUGUUUGGGGUCGCUGCUGUACAGCGGUCUUUGCUGGCGGCGUGUGAGUGCGUGAUGAAACGCAGAGCCUCUGUCCGGAGAUAAAUUUUGUAGCCUGUCAACUAUUUGCCCUUUUGGCUGCCUUUUGGUUUCGUAUUUACUUGGGUCCCAGUCAUGCCAGCUCUGCUGUUCGCCAUGCAUUUGCCACCCUCUUUGGAAUAUACUUUGCUGUCUUCUGCUUUGGGUGGUAUUCCAUUCAUCUUUUUGUCCUGGUGCUGAUGAAUUAUGGCAUUAUGAAUAUGGCGAGUAUUCCCAACAUCCACAGGUACUCCUUUGUGGUAGCUAUGGGAUACCUCACCUUGUGCCACAUAAGCCGAAUAUACAUAUUUCAUUAUGGUAUUCUGACUACAGAUUUUUCUGGUCCACUGAUGAUAAUUACACAGAAGAUCACAACACUUGCAUGCCAACUACAUGACGGAAUAGGGAGACAAGCUGAGGAACUUACCGCUGAGCAAAAUCGACUUGCUGUGAAGACAAGACCUUCUUUACUGGAGUAUUUAAGCUAUCUCCUCAAUUUUAUGAGCAUCAUAGCUGGACCUUGCAGCAAUUACAAGGAUUAUAUAGCUUUCAUUGAAGGGAGGCACGUGCACAUGAAACUAUUAGAAGUGAACUGGAAGCAGAAGGGUUAUGACAGACUUCCUGAUCCUUCUCCAACUGGAGCAGUGAUGUACAAGUUGUGUAUCACACUGAUAUCUCUUGUUUUAUUCUUGACACUUACCAAGAACUUUCCUAUGGCAUAUAUUAUUGAUGAUGAAUUUCUUGAUAAAACACCCUUCUUAACAAGACUUGGUUACCUAUAUGUUGUGACACAGUCUGCAAAACCAAAGUAUUACUUUGCAUGGACGUUAGCAGAUGCAGUCAACAAUGCAGCUGGGUAUGGAUUCAGUGGAGUUGACGAAAGAGGUGCUUUCCGUUGGGACCUGUUGUCCAACUUAAAUAUCUGGAACAUUGAGACUGCAACAAGUUUUAAAAUGUACAUUGAAAACUGGAAUAUUCAGACAGCUGCCUGGCUAAAACGUGUUUGUUAUGACAGAGCUCCUUGGUAUCCUACGGCUUUAACAUUUGUCCUGUCGGCCCUGUGGCAUGGUAUCUAUCCUGGAUAUUAUUUUACGUUUCUCACUGGAAUCCUUAUCACACUCGCAGCCAGAGCAAUAAGAAACAACUUCAGACAUUACUUCCUCUCAUCAGUGCCUCUCAAGAUGACCUAUGACGUUGCCACCUGGGUUGUCACGCAGCUCGCAGUGUGCUAUACUGUUGCACCCUUUGUGAUGCUGGCUGUUGAGCCCACAAUUAAGUUUUACAAGUCUAUGUACUUUCACAUGCACAUUCUGAGCAUCUUGGUUUUGCUUUUAUUACCAAUCAGACCUCAAACCCACUCUGUAAGAAGGCCUCAAAAUCAGACCAACCAGAACUCUGUUAAGAGCAAAGACAAAUGAUAUCUCCAAAGGAAAUUGCCAACACUGGGAAACAAUCUGUCAUAAUGGAAACAAAGAAGAAGACGGGAGUGACGGGUGUUGAAGUGGCAUUUAUCUAGGUUAUCUUAAAAUCUUACUGGACAGGGCAGAAGAGAGCCUGAAAGACUGCUUUUCAAAUGAUUCCAGUUAACAGAGAUUUACAGGCUAUGUUUACAGGCUCACGGGGCAUUUUGAUUUUUUAUUAAGUAUUUUUAUGAAAUGUUUUUAUAUAUUUAAACUUUUUCACACAGGCAUUUUUGCCCUUUUACAGAACUAUACAAAUUAUUAAUCAAGAAUCUGGUGUUUAAAUGGACAGGAAGCAGCAAUCACAGAGUUAAAUCUGCUGCCCGAUAGUCUGGUGCUGGGAAUGGCCGACAGGAGGGCUUCUUAUAUACUGGCUGAGUAAAGAGAUGGCAUGAGCAAGGAACUACAGAAAGGAGGAGCUCAGUGUGCUGGUGCUGCUUCUGCCUGCUUUCUGGGCAGGGCAAACCCCAGCGUGAGGGAUGAAGCUUGAGCUCAGUGGCAAGGGUGUUUCACAUUCCUCCAAGUGGCACCUGCUAGCAUGAGGGCAUGACAAGUCCCUUGGGAAUAGGUGUCUGCAAACACUGUCAUCUGUCUAGACCAACGUUGAAAAUCAAAUCAAAAGAAAAGACGAGCAGAAGAAGGGAUACACACCCUGUAGAGUUGGGCUUCUCUAAUGAUAAAGCUGGUAAUCAUUGCUACAUCAACAUUACUUUGCAGUUUUACAGUGAUGCAGCAGCUUCAUUUCAGUACAAAAAUAACUGAGAAGCAAUGCAAGUUUUGAGUUCCGGAGCUCACGGUUAUGAGUUAGAUAUAAAAAGGGUUUAUAAUGGAUCAGACUGUUCUACUCAUAAACCUCCUAUCUUGUGGAGGGGUUACUUUCCAGCAUGACUACACUAAAGCAAGAUCUAAACAGUAAUUUUCUUAAGAAUCACAACUAAUUCAGUACAAAAUAAAGAUUGUGAUGGGUUAUGAGUA